UACGCGCCAAUGUUUACGCGCAUGCGCGGGUGGUUUGUAUACUUUUCGUAAAUUGGCAGUUGUAUCGUCGGUCCCUGGAAUUUCGUCGAAUAUCGUGUGUAACAUUGAGUUUUAAAAUGUCUAUUAUGCCGUUAUGGCCAAAUUUACAACCCAGGACCACCGAUCCGUUGUGGUUUAACGCCGACAAACCGUGCGAUGACGAAAGUGAGGUAGCUGCGCUCGAAGCAGAACACCAAGCUUGGAAGGAACACAUUCGAAUACAAGGAUACGAUCACAUCCCUAUCGGCAAGACGGUCAGUGACAUGAGGGGAUCGUUGGAGGAGGAGGAGGAAGAGGAGGAAGAGGAGGGAGAAGGAGAAGAAGAAGAGGAAUCGGAUACACACGAAGAGGAGGAAGAAGAAUUGGAUGAAAUCGAUAUGGAAGUGAGCUACUCGCAUCAGCAACAGAGAUCCAGUCCAAUGGACACAGUGUCGGAUCCAGUGUCCAUCAGAAUGUGUGCCGAGCGAUAGCGAACUGGAAGGAACACGGCGCGUCGCGAACGAAGAUGGAGGACGCAGGCUGCUCUCUCGGCGAUUACGAGUCGCUGGGGCCUCGUAGACUCUUUCCUGCCUUCC